UUGUACUUCCCCACAGCGGUGCUCACCAGCUAGGCCGAACAUCAAAAUUUCAUAUACCGACGAUUGAGACACACCAAGAUCGAGUGCGAACGGGAGGGGUUUUGAUAUCACGUCUUGCAAAAUGCCGAAAGCUACAUCAUCAGCGGCCUCCCGCCAGGCCCGCCGACACAAUCCGCUCACUGAUGAUAUUCUGGCCACUGGGCCCUUAAAAACCAAGGCUCCCAAGAACAAAAACCGAGGCAACGACGAGGAUGCUGGCGAGGCAGAAAAAUUUAUCGAUUCAAAGCAAUCUCGCAAGAUCUUGAGCCUGGGUCAAGAUCUUGCAGACGAGGAGAGAGCCGAACACCAGGCCAACGAACCGAACAAGGCUUUUGCUUUUGAUACUCGCUUUGGAGGCGACGAGUCUGACGAAGAAGCACAAAUCGAGGAGAAUGAUGACGCCUGGGGAGAUGAAGAGGAAGAGGUCGAGCAAGUGGAAAUCGAUCCCGAGGACUUGGAAAUGUUCAACAAAUUCAUGCCAUCUGGAGCGCAAGACCCUAUUUUUGGAAAUGAGGAUGAACAGCAAGCUCAAGGACCCGGCACAAACCUGACUGAGCUCAUCCUCGAGAAGAUUGCAGCCCAUGAGGCAGCACAGGCCGGCCAUCCUGUGAUCCAUGGCGGCGGUGCUCCCGAGGACGCCAUUCAGAUUCCUGCCAAGGUUGUUGAAGUAUAUACCAAGAUUGGCUUGAUCCUUUCUCGCUACCGCUCUGGUAAACUACCAAAGCCCUUCAAGAUUCUCCCAACGAUACCGAACUGGGAGGACAUCCUCUAUAUAACCCGCCCCGAAUCGUGGACACCUAAUGCAUGCUACGAAGCCACCAGAAUCUUUGUCUCCUCGAAACCCGCAACCGUUCAGCGCUUCAUGGAAGCCGUCAUUCUUGAGCGUGUGCGAGAUGACAUCCAUGAGACUAAGAAGCUGAACGUACACUUAUUCAAUGCGCUGAAGAAAGCACUUUACAAGCCUGCUGCAUUUUUCAAAGGCUUCCUCUUCCCCUUGGUCGGCAGUGGAACCUGCACGCUCCGGGAGGCGCACAUUGUGGCUUCUGUGCUAGGCCGUGUCUCGAUUCCGGUAUUACAUUCCGCCGCGGCGCUUCUGCGACUAUGUGAUAUCGCAGCUGAGCAGACGUCUUUGUCGUCUGAAGGAGGCGGUGCAACAAACAUCUUCAUUCGGGUUCUUCUGGAGAAGAAGUAUGCCUUGCCUUACAAGGUUAUUGACGCUUUGGUCUUCCAUUUCCUCCGCUUCCGGGCCACUGAUCCCACCGCCGCGAAUGGAGACAUGUCCAUGUCCGGCACUGGCGCUGGCGCUGCAGGCGGCAAGGACGUUCGGCUGCCCGUUCUCUGGCACCAGUGUCUCUUGGCUUUCGCCCAGAGGUACCGAAACGACAUCACCGAGGACCAGCGUGAAUCUCUUCUGGACCUUCUGCUGGUGCGUGGCCACAAGGAUAUUGGCCCAGAGGUCCGAAGGGAAUUACUCGAAGGCCGUGGCAGAGGAGUGCCGAUAGAAGAGCCCACUGACAAUGGUGGCGAUGAUACCAUGAUGAUUGGAUAAAUGUUUAGACCCUAUUAGAGCGUUGUCUUCUUCUUUUCCUCAAAAGUCAUAGGAUAUUGGCGUUUGGCGAUUCUCCCUGCUAAGAUCCGUUCAAUUCAUGCUUACGAUGCCCUCUUCCUCGCGCCGAUCGUUUUGAUCGGAGCUAUAUCAAUAUGAGCAUAUAUUCUACAAAGAUUCUGUACAAUCCAAUUUCCACCUGCG